CACGGGCGAAGCGUUACAAAUGUCCAGGUUGUACGAGUAUUGGGUGACGACGAGUAGUACUAAUAGUAAUAGCCAGCCAGCCAUCCACUUGGCGGGCAUCCCACUUUUGGCUGCGAACUUGUUCCUCGCACGGGCUUCGCUAAGCCCUUUCACGCCCUUUCUUCUUUUCUCUCCCACCAACUUCCGGGCGGGGCUUCUGCGCACCCGAUUCAUUUACGCUGUCCCAUCCGCAGCUUUUUCACCUUCUCCUUACCUCUCCUAUACUACCUACCCUCUUUGCGACAACGACUCUCACGGUGUGCCCUGGAGAGGGCAGUUCAAGCACUUGGUCUCUAAGCCUGCGUCAACGUUGUCGACCGGACUUGGGUCGCUAGCUGCAGCGACGCCCCGCGCCUUAAAUUUGUCAUCAACGCCCUUUUGUCGGUCAAGACAUCCACAGCCAAUCGACUAUAUCUCAAGCGACGGCUAGCACUACACAAGAGAAAGAGUUGGAGCGGCGCCAUAGUGGUUACAGUCGGGUAGCGAGGAUAAUGUCCAACUAUCGUGGCCGGACAGGGCCAAAUUUCUCAGAGUAUCUCAACAACCUGAAUACUCUUGCGCCCUACGAUCAAGAACAUUUUACGCCUGAAGAAUUCGAUCUCAACCAGGAUCUGGCCAUGUUCACCAAUACCGACUUUACUCAUUUUGACAUCCCUCCUCUACCCGAAGAUGGCUCCUUCAACUUCGAUCUGAACGAUUCCAAGAACAAUCCCAACGUGAAAUACGAAGGCCUUCUCUCCGGCGCUGACAGUGCUCACAACUACCCACCCCCGCAGAUUGAGACCUCGGUUCCAGAAGCCUCUCAUUAUUAUACCACCUACAACACUCCCAUUCAGCCUGCACCGGCGCACGGUUUCGGCAACGUUGACAGCCACGCGUCUCCCCACGACGCACCAUCAGUGGGCUCUCAAUCUGCCCCUAGAAAGGGUGAGACGCCCGGCGCCAACAGCAUAAAUUCCGAGGACAAGUCACGGCACGCUGCUGAGGAAGAUAAGAGGAGGCGAAACACUGCGGCCAGUGCUCGUUUCCGCAUCAAGAAGAAGCAGAGGGAACAAGCUUUGGAGAAGACGGUCAAGGACGUCCAAGACAAGAAUACGGAAUUGGAGGCCAAGCUGCGUCAGCUGGAGAUGGAGAACAAAUGGCUCAAAGAUCUUAUCACGGAGAAGAAUGGUUUGCAAUCUAAAGAGGAGAUGGCGGCAGCUUACCAGCAGUAUCGCAAGGACAGUGAAGAACGAGACUUGAAAGACUACGAACACACGACUGGAGUUGGCACUCAAUGAAUAUCAGCCCAAAAGAAAGCAAAAUCUGUUUCUUAGACUAUAUUUAAUGUUGGCUUCAUAUACCGAUCUCAGAUACAUCCGAUCAAAAAUGCAAUCAGUCUUCUCUACCUCCA